UGUUGAUGAAGGCAUCCGGGUACCGAUGGUGGGGUUAAGGUUACCCCAGACCUCGCCAUUGACUGGAAGCUUCCCCUCCUCGGGAUAAAGCUCAGCUAUUUCAUAGCAACAUAACCAUAAACUGCUGAAAUUUCUCCUCUUUCACUUUAUCUUCUCUUUAUUCUUGAAACCGUUUUCAACUUUAUACCUCCCAAUUGCUUCUGUCUAACCCAAAGCAAUCCUCAGAUACAGUGACAUCAUGGCUUUCACUACGAAUGCUACUAUCAACAGCUUCGGCGGACGCUUCCUCAAGCUCUCCCACAAGUCCGCCGUCACCGGCACACCCAUGAACGCAACUCUCUACCUCCCAGGCUCAGCAUCAUCUUCUAAGCCAGCUCCUCUUCUCAUCUACCUCUCCGGCCUCACAUGCACGCCCGACAACGUCACAGAGAAGGGCUUCCUCCAUGCUCACGCCUCCAAGCUCGGUCUUGCUCUUCUCUACCCAGACACAUCUCCCCGCGAGCUGGACUUGCCCGGUGAGCACGACUCAUAUGACUUUGGCAGCGGAGCUGGCUUCUACAUCGAUGCCAAGAAGGACCCUUACAGCAAGCACUACAAGAUGGAGUCGUAUAUCACCAACGAGCUUCCCGACCUCAUCUUCAAGGAGUUUAAGGAGGUUGACUCCUCGCGAGUUUCUAUCUCUGGCCACUCUAUGGGUGGACAUGGUGCACUGACUCUGUUCCUCAAGAACCCCGGCAAGUACAAGAGUGUCAGCGCCUGGGCUCCUAUCUCCAACCCUUCUCAGUGCCCUUGGGGUGACAAGGCCUUCAAGGGUUACUUGGGUGAGGACAAGGAGGAGUGGAAGAAGCACGAUGCCACUGAGCUCAUCAAGAGCUGGAAGGGCAACUUCCCUGCUCUCAUUGAUGUUGGCACUGGUGACAACUUCUACAAGCAAGGCCAGCUUCUCCCCGAGAACCUUGAGAAGGCUGUCAAGGAUGCCGGCAUUGAGGGCUUGACUCUCCGCUACCAGGAUGGCUAUGACCACUCUUACUUCUUCAUCUCUACCUUCGGCGAAGACCACGUCAAGCACGCCGCCAAGGCUCUCGGACUCUUGUGACUACCACGCAGUGCGCUGUAAGAGGGUGAAACCAGCAGUUCUUUGACAAAAGUCGGUUGGGUGUAUUUACGGCGCCAUUCUGGGUAAACGAAUCAGUUUGUGUCUUCAAGUUGUGUACAUGGAAUGCUCGAGCAGCAAAUGUUCUCAAUAAUGCUAUGGUCUGAACGAUAGCAUAAGGGAGGUCAUAAAUCCACCAAUCAAGGAAUUGAAAAGCAAGUUAAAUAAUAUGACUCUUCAAAAUUACAUUGAUUGUCGUAUGCAACGUGCAAUUGUAUUCCUCCA